ACAAUGGCCACUCCGAGCCUUCUCCUCACUCUGUCGGUGUGGCUUCUGGCUGUGAGCCUCAUCGCGGAGGCGACCUACUACCGGCACCACCGCUACGUCCCCCACCGUUACCGCUACCGGGAUCACUCUGCCAACACGGACAACCUCCUCCCUGAGGUCGCCAACCCAGAGCCCGAAGUCGCGCAGCCCGGCUUGCCGACUUACCCCGAGGUGUUCCACCCGGAACCUGAAGUCCUCCACCCAUUACCGGAGGCUUUCCACCCGGUGCCUGGAGUCGUGCAUCCCGCCCCUGAGCCUUACCAGCCACCUGAAGUGUUCCAGCCGAUGCAUGAAGCCUCCUCCCCUGUCAACACGAGCCGGGUUUUCUAUGGGAUCAUGUUUGACGCUGGCAGCACAGGCAGCAGGAUCCACAUAUAUAAGUUCAUCCAGAAAGACCCUGUUGAACUGCCCGUCCUGGACAAUGAAUUAUACCAUGCAGUGAAGCCUGGCCUGUCUGCUUAUAAGGAUAACCCUGAGGAGGGUGGCAACACCAUCCGACAGUUGCUGAAGAUUGCCAAGAAGACAGUGCCAGAGGAGGACUGGGAGAGGACCCCAGUGGUCCUGAAGGCCACAGCGGGUCUGCGUCUGUUGCCUGAAGACAAGGCCAACACUCUUCUGCAGGAGGUGCGAGAGGUAUUUGACGAGUCCCCUUUCUUUGUGCCAAACAACAGUGUUUCCAUCAUGAAUGGAGCAAAAGAAGGAAUCCUGGCCUGGGUCACAGUGAACUUCCUUACAGGUCACUUGUACUCCAACACAAGGAGGACAGUGGGCAUCCUGGAUUUGGGUGGAGGAUCUACACAGAUCACUUUCCUCCCCAAGUCAAAGAAAACGGUUCAGUCUGCUCCCCCCACUUACAUUGCUAAACUCAACCUCUUUGACCACCAGUAUCAACUCUACACACACAGCUACCUUGGAAAUGGACUGUAUGCGGCUCGACUGGCAACUCUUGGAGCACUAGGAGCUGAUGGGCUGGAUUGGAAAGUCUUCACAAGUUCGUGCCUCCCGAAAAAGUUCAGAGAAGAUGUGACUUUUGGAGGAACCACCUACAAAGUUAGCGGGAUUCCAGACGGCUAUGCAGGCUACAAGCUGUGCUACUACGAGGUCAUGAAGGUAAUCAAAGGAAUAGUGCACCAGCCAUAUGAAGUGAAGGGCAGCAGCGUCUUCUAUGCCUUCUCCUACUACUUUGACAGAGCUGUGGAGUCUGGCCUCAUUGAUGCCAGUCGAGGUGGUGCACUUGAGGUCAGGGAUUUUAAGAAGAGAGCCAAAGAAGUGUGCAACAAAAUGACCAAGUACCGUGCUAUCAGCCCCUUCCUCUGCAUGGAUAUGACAUAUAUCACUUGUCUGCUAAAGGAGGGCUUUGGCUUCAAGGACACCACUGUGCUUCAGCUAGCCAAGAAGGUGAACAACGUGGAGACAAGCUGGGCCCUGGGGGCAACCUUUGACUACUUCAGAAACCUCAAUAUCCACUAAGGACAGCUC